CACACUAAACUAUUUUUAUUUUAUUUUCUUUUGUAAUUACGCGCAGCCAUGGAUGACAGCUUUGCAAUUAUAAACGAUCCUCGCAUGGAAACGGAAUCAGCUAGUAGUAUGAAUCAACAUGAACAGACGGAAGAGAUACCUGUAAAGUUAUUAUACUCUAAAUCCAAAGUGUAUAUACAUCCUUCUACCAAUACCAGUGAGUUUAUCCCUGGCUUUUUAUCUAUUGUUGAAAAGGCGUCUCAUGAUUAUCUCGUGGCUUGGACACCCGAAGCUUUGAUCCCUUCCAAGGAUUUAGAGGCCUUUGUACAAGUAGAUAUCAAUCCUCAAGAAGAAGUGGAAUCUUCGAUCAUGAUUCCUUCCGUACCCGAAGAACAUACACUGUAUGCGAUUUCAGUGGCAUUGGACACGCUUCAUUCUCUGGUGAUUAAACCACCUUCAUUCUCUAAAUGGUACGGUAGUCUUAUCCUGAACUUUAAAUCAGGUCAAUCCUCGGGUCCCUAUUGGUUCCACGAUGAUGAGAGCAAAAGUACCAUGUUACAGAAAAAGACCCAAGGAGGUAAAUUCACCGCCAAUGAUGACGGUCAAGUUCGCUGGGGCGGUGAUGAAUUUGUUGAAAGAUUGGGUCAACUUGUCAAGGUGAUCAAAUCAAGUGAGGUGGAGAAUUUGUAUUUGGUAGGUACAGAAGCGGAUCAAGAAGAAAUUCGUCAAACAAUGGCGGCUAGUCGUCAAAAAAAGGCAGUGUAUCCUCCUACUCCUAAGCAAGAAAACGUCUUUGAAUCCGCACAAAUGGACCCCUUUGUUGCUACAUUGAAAGAGGCACGUUGGAAUAUCCUGGAAAAGUUAUCACGCGUCACCAAGUUUUCUCGUGAUGCAGCUGUCAGCAUACUGAAUAGUCCGGCUACACGACCUUUUGUCCCACGCGAUGUACAAGACCUUUGUCGUAACGAAACAGUGCGACAGACGGUCGAUGACUAUGAUUCUGCACGUAUCUUUUUAGCUAAAUGGGCAGCGGGAUUAGCAGCACAAUCAGAGAUCUCAGCACCGCGUGAACGCAAGUAUCGUAAUGUAGGCGUAUGGGGUCAUGGAUGGGAGGAAGAUACAGCCUUAGGUGUGUUUGAAGUCUUGAACUCUGAGAAUGAUUUCUCGAUCCCAACCCAUACAAGAACAAAGCCAGUAACAGAGGCUGCCUGGAGAUCUUAUUUUGAUGAAGAUGGGAAAUUAAGUGUAGGUGAACCCACAGUAAGGAAACAUAUCUUUCGAGGUGGAUUGGAUCCUGCCGUCAGAAAAGAAGCUUGGUUGUUUUUAACGGGUGUUUAUCCUUGGAAUUCAACUGCGGUGGAACGACAUUUAAUUGAUGUGGAUCGAAGAGAGGCAUAUCAAUCCUUGAAGAACAGAUGGAGUCAAGAUGAAUCGCGUCGAAACUCUAGUCAUUUCCAAGACCAAAAGCACCGCAUUGACAAGGACGUGCAUCGUACGGAUCGAACCGUGGAUAUUUACGUAGAUGAAAGUAUGCCUAAUCCUGAUCCGAUCAUGAACGUCGGCACGAAUGAAAACCUCGAGAUUCUCAAAUGUAUAUUGGUAACUUAUAACGAGUUUAAUACGGAACUUGGGUAUGUUCAAGGCAUGUCUGAUCUCUUGUCACCUCUCUUUGCCGUGAUUGGUGAAGAACCUUUAGCCUUCUGGGCCUUUUCUGGGUUCAUGGACCGAAUGAAGUCUAAUUUCUAUACAGAUCAAUCGGGUAUGCAUAAACAAUUACUGACGAUGGAUUUGUUAUUACAAUUUAUGGAUCCAUCCCUGUACAAACACUUCCAACGCACAGACAGUUGUAAUUUUUUCUUUUGCUUUCGAUGGUUGUUGGUUUGGUUUAAGCGUGAGUUUCCAUGGAAAGAUAUGCUAACAUUGUGGGAGGUACUCUGGACGGAUUACUUGACGGAUCAGUUCCAUAUCUUUGUUGCGUUGUCCAUCCUAGACCAGCAUCGUGAUGUGAUUAUAGAGUACUUGAAAAACUUUGACGAGAUAUUGAAAUACACAAAUGAUUUAUCCAUGACGAUUAAUUUGCAAGAAACUUUACAACGUGCGGAAAUUCUAUUCUAUCAGUUUAAACAACGUGUGGAGGCGGUGGAUAACAAGCGAGAGCAAUUGCAACAUGCAAUUUCAUCCAAGUCCGGAUUGAACGAGCAAGAGAUUGCAGUGGCUAAGAAUGAUUUGUCCAAGUUGCCUCAGGUGAAUGAAUUAUUAAAGGAGAUUUUGGCUUCCUCAUAUGCGGAUAAAGCUGCUGCCAAUGAAAAACAACUCGCUUAAACAAAAAAUGAAUAUAUUUUGCGAAAAAUAAAAACUCUCUCUCUUUCUCGGUGUGUUUUACUUGUUGCUUUGUAUGAUCGCUGUUUAAUAUAUAGAUGAUUUUCUACGUAGAAAAUUCUAGAAAAAGUCGAAUUGAAACUUUUAAAAAAGUGUGUGUUUUUACUAGAUGAUUCGUGUGCGUUAUUCCAUAUUGAU